UAAAAGAAACCGGCUUCAAUACGCAUGUGUGCAGAUGCUCCGUGGCUCUCCGAGUGAAGAUGGCGGAGCGAGGGUACAGCUUUUCGCUGACUACAUUCAGCCCAUCUGGAAAACUUGUUCAGAUUGAAUAUGCUUUGGCCGCUGUAGCUGGAGGAGCCCCUUCUGUAGGAAUUAAAGCUGCAAAUGGUGUGGUUUUAGCAACUGAAAAGAAGCAGAAAUCGAUCCUGUAUGAUGAACGAAGUGUACACAAGGUAGAACCCAUCACGAAGCAUAUCGGCUUGGUGUACAGUGGCAUGGGCCCAGACUACAGAGUGCUUGUGCACAGGGCUCGAAAGCUCGCCCAGCAAUACUAUCUCGUUUACCAAGAACCCAUUCCCACGGCUCAGCUGGUUCAGAGAGUAGCUUCUGUGAUGCAAGAAUACACCCAGUCUGGAGGUGUUCGUCCAUUUGGCGUUUCUUUGCUUAUUUGUGGUUGGAAUGAGGGGCGACCAUACUUAUUUCAGUCAGAUCCAUCUGGAGCAUACUUUGCCUGGAAGGCCACAGCAAUGGGGAAGAACUACGUGAAUGGGAAGACGUUCCUUGAGAAAAGAUAUAAUGAAGAUCUGGAACUUGAAGAUGCUAUUCAUACAGCCAUCUUAACCCUAAAGGAAAGUUUUGAAGGGCAAAUGACAGAAGAUAACAUUGAGGUUGGGAUCUGCAACGAGGCAGGCUUCCGGAGACUCACCCCCACAGAGGUGAAGGAUUACCUGGCUGCCAUUGCAUAAGAGGACAGGGCUGAGCAGCCCCAAUUUCACAAAUCGAUGUAAACAUAUUUAAAGUAUGUUUUGUUUCGAAGACUUUUUGCAUACUUAUUUCUACAUGGUUUAAUGGACUGAUGUUUUUAAAACAACACAAAUCAUAAUAAACAGUUAAAUCCAA